GGGAAAGUUCAACUUGGUUCCGGGUCCGUCCGGCUGGUGGCGCUGUGAGAAGCGGGUUCGCCAACUCAACACUAACUAACACCAACGAAGAAGAAGAAGCAACAGCAGCUAAUGUGUGUUGUUAGCUAGCAGCUAGCAGCUAGCAGCUAGUCGACAGUAAACAACAGAAACACGGUGAGUUCAUCUUCAUGUUGGUGGAGGAAAGGUUCAAGCACAGCGAGUUUAUUAAGCUACAGACAUGUCAGCCGAUACCAAGAUUGCCGAGCUGCUCACAGAGCUCCAUCAGCUCAUCAAACAGACUCAGGAGGAGAGGUCACGCAGCGAACACAAUCUGCUCAACAUUCAGAAAACACACGAGAGGAUGCAGACGGAAAACAAAACGUCCCCAUACUACCGGACCAAGCUGAGAGGACUGUACACCACGGCCAAAGCCGACGCUGAGGCAGAGUGCAGCAUCUUGCGUCACGCUCUCGAUAAGAUCGCAGAGAUCAAGUCUUUGUUGGAGGAGAGGAGAAUAGCCGCUAAGAUGGCAGGAGUUUACAGCGACAGCGACCCCCCCAGGAAGACGAUGAGGCGAGGCGUCCUGAUGACGCUCCUCCAGCAAUCGGCCAUGACGCUCCCUCUGUGGAUCGGCAAGCCGGGCGAGAGCCCGCCUCCUCUGUGCGGGGCGACGCCGGCCAGCAGCGACUACGUGGCCAAACAGGGCGACAAGGUGGCGGCGAGGGUGAAGGCCGUGGACGGAGACGAGCAGUGGAUCCUGGCUGAGGUGGUCAGCUACAACCACUCCACCAACAAGUAUGAAGUGGACGACAUUGAUGAAGAGGGCAAAGAGAGACACACUCUGAGCAGACGGAGGAUCAUCCCUCUGCCUCAGUGGAAGGCCAACCCAGAGACGGACCCAGAGGCCCUGUUCAGUAAGGACCAGCUGGUGCUGGCCCUCUACCCCCAGACCACCUGCUUCUACCGGGCCCUCAUCCACGCCCCUCCACACAGGCCUCAGGACGACUACUCGGUGCUGUUCGAGGACACGUCGUACGCCGACGGUUACUCCCCGCCGCUCAAUGUGGCUCAGCGUUACGUGGUCGCCUGCAAAGAGAACAAGAAGAAGUGACCGCUGACUGGAUGUCCGGACAUGAAGGACGAAGUUGAAGCCCGUCUGGGAGCGUUGUUAUAUUUUGAAAUUGCGCUGAUUUUUGUAUGAAAACGUGUCAAAACUCAAAGUAGACUCUCUCGUGUUUGUGUUUCAAAUCUCUUGGAGCAGGUUCUGAUCCACUGACUGGUCAUGGAAGGGUGUAAUCUUCUAGUGGUGCGUUCACACCAAGCGCGAAGCGAAGUUUUGCACGAUGCGAGUCAAUGCAAAGAGGCGAAGAGAUGCAAAUUCACACCGGGCGAUGCAAAUUGCCGUUUUUAUGCCUAGAAGAUUUCAUGUUGUGUGUUGAUGGAGCAGCUGCAUAGUCUGGCACUGAUCCAUCCAGACUCCAUUCAGAAAACAUGCAUUUUAAAAGUUGUCUGCGUGUCGUCAUGGUAACAGACCUGACAAAGCAUGAAUUCACAGUUUUUACUAAUCAGCAUCAUCAUGUAGUUAUUCCAGCAUCAUUUUGAUCUGUUUAUUGAUAUUAAAUCACAGCACAAUCUGUUUAUUUUGGGUUCAUACCGCAGUAGAGACGUGUAGCUGCUGGAUACAGUCAGUGUGAUGUCACUUUAUGUGAAUACAGCUCGCCGCCAGGUGACGUUAUGAACCCAGACACGACGGCGUUUGGUUUUCUGACAUCAACAUGUACAAAGCAGCUACAGAGGUUAUUGCCUCCAUGGUUGAUGGAGGAAGGAGAAGUUGUUGGUAUCCAUGGAGACAGGCUCCUCCUCCUCUCCGGCACGUCGAGAACACAGAUGAUACCGGCGGUCCAACUGGCGCGAGUUAAGCGAGGCAAAUUUUCGCUUCGCUCUUGGUGUGAAUGUGACAUUAGAGUCUUGGAGCCGAGCUGGGAAACGGCAUUAAGUCAAUCAAAGACACAAUAACAGAUGGUUUAAUGCUCAACAUCUCUUAAAUGUCAAAAUCACCACCAAGACAUGUGAACUAAAAGCUGUGUCCUAAAUCCAGACCGCCGACCGCCGACUGCUUUGAGUCUGUUCAGUGUCCACUCAGGAAAAGAGACAAAAUAAAGUUAUAAUAAAAACACCCCAGUCAGUCAGUAUGGAGACUGAAACAACCUGAACAGAUGUUUUAGGGUGUUUCUGCAGCUUCGGGCAUUUUUAAGUCCCAGCAAUGACAUUUUGAUAAAUAUAUACACGCAGUGUUAUUAUCACCCAUCUUCACAUCAAAAAUAAUAAUUACAAAAUAAUGUGAUUUAAUAAAAAUGUAUGAAUCAUU